AGCCUGUGGAGAUUUUUCUCAGAAGGGUCAAGCCCCCUCUGGAGCAGGACAGCUCCAGAGAGGAGGGAUGGUUAGGGGAUCCUUAAUGGGAAAGAGGUGGGGGGAAGUGAUAAACCACAGGGGAAGGAAGGGAAACUUGGCCACAGCCACAACUUCUGGUGCCAUUUGAGAGCCUGGGUCGCAGAGGAGCUGGCAUUUCCCACCUGGGUCGCAGAGGAGCUGGGGUCCAGGGUCUGGCUCACUGUGGGGAGGAAGGUCUGAGCCCAUACCUCACAGGGCCGUGAAGAGAAUACAGCGUAAGAACAUCCAGCAGCGAGAGGUCAUUCUGUGGACAGUAGCUGGCCUACUGUGACUUAGAAGGGGAAAGCCUCGGAGAUCCUCCAGAACAAUGGAAAAUAAAAACACCCAGAUACACCCAGAGAACAAGGAGGAGACUCCAGCGGUCCAACCAAGUCCUGGCCUGAGUUCCACCACAAAGAAGACUGAUUUGGAGUCCACUGUGUCAGUCAGUCAGGCUGGGCUUGCAGAUGCCGAAGAAAAGGACAACGAAAAGCAGCCUGUAGCUCCCAGAGAACCAAAGAGGGAGCUCCAACACACAGGAUCAUCCCAAGAGGGGCCAGGGGAACUUGAAACCCAGGAGCAGAGGCCCUCAUCAAGACCUGAGAAUCAGUCAUCUUGGACAACUGAGGAAGGGCCGAGGGAUCUGCAAGCCGGCCAGGAACAAGCCCAGCCUGACGGGGAGUGUGUGACCUCUGAAGAGCAGCCACAGCCAACCAUGGAGACCAAGGACCAGCAGGAGAGAUGGCAGAGCACCGAGACCAAAGAGAUUCAUCCCACUGAGAGCUGCCAGGCUCUGAAUCUCCUCACUCAGGGCAACACGGAUCAACAUUUGGAAAAGCCAUGCACCUCAGACAGCAGGAGUCAGCCACUAGAGGAUGACCCCCUCAGGGAAGCAGGCCCAUCAGAGGUCAGGUCACAGGAGCCCAUGCCAACACCCAGCCCAGGGACACACAAGAACAGCUCCCAGGAGGCAGUGCCCCCAAAACCCACGGCAACUGCAGAAGAAAAAAAGGCCCCUCCCAUCUUGAGAUCUGCACCAGGACCUCGAACACACAAAGAGGGAGGUGAAGCUGUAGAGACCAAGGCGGCACCAAGGCCUCUUCCUCCACCAGAGUUAAGAGACAUUGUGGAGAAGAAGGAGCCGGGCCAAGGGCAGAAGCACCGACACCAGGCUUCGGCAGCUGCAGGCACCCAGGGCCCUGGGAACUCUCGUCGGGGCUUCAUGAAGUGCCUACUGGAGGUGGAGGAGCAGGAGGAAGCCACCCAUCGGAAGACUUUAAAAACCCGGACUCUGACAACCCGGAGGUCCCCCAGGACCCUGACUUCUGUCUCCACCUCAGGCCCCAUCAGCAGCUCAGUCCCAACCUUGCCUCUGACCCUGCUUGAGCCCUCCACCUCAGCUCCAGCUACUGUCCCACUGUGGGCCAGACCACCAGCCCAUGGGCAAGCCCCUGCCUCUGUGGGAUCCCCUGGCUCAGUCCUGUCAGCCCCCACCCAGGACCUGAGCUGGAGAUGGCCAGAGUUCUUACCCCAGAGCAAUGAGAGAAACCUGAACUAUGCCAAGACACGGCAGGAGCCAGAAGAGCAUGGCCUCUUCAAACUGUAUCAGAGCUGGGAGGAGCGGUCUGAGGAGCACCUCACCCUGAAGCAAGAGGAAGCCUUCCGCAGCUACUUUGAGAUCUUCAACGGCCCUGGCGAGGUUGAUGCGCGAAGCCUCAAGAACAUCUUGCUCCUAAUCGGCUUCACCCUUACCCCAAGCCAGGUGGAAGAAGCCCUGAUGAGUGCCGAUGUCAAUGGAGAUGGUCAUGUGGAUUUCAAAGACUUCUUGGCAGUGAUGACAGACACGAAACGCUUCCUCUGCUCUGUGGAACAGGAUGUCCUGAUGGAUAUGUCGCCCCCGAACCCCUACACACUGUUCUUUGAGAUCCUCUCUCUGCUGGUGGAAAUGCUGGCCCUGCCGGAGGUGGCCCUAGAGGAGAUCACGAACUACUACCAGAAGAAGCUGAAGGAAGGCACCUCCAAGACCCGAGAGACAGAAUCGAAUAUGGGCGGGCUGCGAUCAAGGAAGAAGCUUCCUUACAAUGCUCAGCAGCAAGCAGACAGCUUGGAGGUGCCAGAACGAAGGGUCCUCAGGAUCCUGGGCCGGCUGAAGCAGCAGAACUAUGCUGCCAAUCUGCAGAGCCCCUAUGCCCAGGUGCCCUGCAUUCCACUCUGCCCGAGGCUGGAGAAGAAGACGGUCCGUCGAAAGCAGGGUAGCCAUAACCAUCCUGUGCUGGAUCAGUGUGUCUCUACAAGCUUGGGCCCUGACCUCCAUGGCCUCCUCUUUCAGUCAGGACAGCAAGGAAGCAGGGAACACAACUCUGACAGCAGAAAGUGGCUUAGCUCCGUGCCAGCCCGAACCCACUGAUCAUCUGGAAUCCUGGCUCCAGAAGUUCAAGGCUUAAAGACAGCUGGGCCGUGGGGCAGGGCCUGGCUUUGGGAGUUUGCUUUCAUGGCCUGGUAAGCCAAUAAACACCAAGAACUUCA